AUGGGAAUGGUGUAUUGCCAGAAAUAUCUGGCUAAGUGCUGCUUAUUUGCCCGGAAGAGCAAUAUAACAGCAGAUAGAGAAUCACGAGAAAAUAACCAUUCUUUAAAAUGGAUGAUAAACAAACAAAUGCUACAAGAUUCACUACAUCAACUGAGAUUUCAACCUGACAUCGAUUUGUUUGCUUCUCGUGUGAAUAACCAGUUUACUAGCUAUGCAGCUUACAGACCUGACCCAAAUGCAAUAGCUGUCGAUGCAUUUACAAUGCAAUGGACGGAUUUAAAAUUUUAUGCUUUCCCCCCUUUUAGUGUUGUAUCAAAAGUGUUAAGCAAAAUAUGUCAGGAGAAAGCAGAAGGCAUUUUAGUUUUACCAAAUUGGCCCACACAAAGCUGGUUUGCCAAGGCAAUGCAAAUGCUGGUGCAACCGCCAGUUCAUUUGAAACAGCGAAGGAACCUGCUUAUUCUACCACCUAAACAGAUGGAUCUGCAUCCACUACAUGCCAAGUUAUCACUCAUAGUGUGCCAUUUAUCAGCAAGCAUUAAGUAAACAUAAUCUUUUGAAUGCAGCUCCACACAUCCUGAUCUCCUCAUGGAGAACGGGAACACUUAAAACAGUACCAAACACAUUUUACAAAGUGGAAACAGUAUUGUCUGGAUAAUCAUAUUGAUCCAUUCAAUCCUUCAGUUGAACAUGCCAUUGAAUUUUUUAUGAAAUUAUUUGAUUCGGGAUUAGGCUACAGUUCUAUCAAUACAGCUCAUCUGCCUUAUCAUCUAUUCUUCCAGUAUAAGAGGGAUUAUUUAAGAUCAUCCCCUGGUUUCUCGUUUUCUCAUCGGAAUAUUCGAAUUAAAACCUGCGCUACUGAGAUAUACCGAGGUCUGGAAUGUUGAUGUUGUUUUAGAUUACUUGAGAUCAUACAUACCUGCAGAAGAAUUGUCAUUAAAAGAGCUUACUCUGAAACUUACUAUGCUUCUAUGUUUACUUACUGCACAAAGAUGUCAGACAAUUCACUUGAUGGAUAUUAAUGAUAUACAAGAGAUGAAGGACAGUACCAAAUUGUUUUUAAUAGCAAACUCAAGCAGACAAAGCCUGGACACUAUUUGGAGCCUAUGGAACUUUUAGCAUUUCCAUCGGACAGGAAACUAUUUGUUGUAGAACAUCUUCUUAUUUACUGAAGACCAAAGUUAUCAGAGGUGUUAACUCUCAAUUGUUAUUAAGUUUUGUUAAGCCCAACGCACCAGUUUCGAAAGACACUAUAGCCAGAUGGAUUAAAACGGUUCUUCAACUACCUGGGAUUGAUGUAUCUAAGUAUACCGCACAUAGCAGCCGGGCGGCGUCAACCUCACAUGCAAAGGCUAAAGGACUUACAGUGCAAGAGAUAAUGAAAUGUGCUGGCUGGUCUUUGUCAUGUUUUGAUAUAUCUCGUCCGAGCAGGACUUUGAAAUCUCAUGUGACUCCGCCGUGACGUAGGCUGAUUACAAGAUAGAAUUGAAAAUUAAACGAGACUUACCUGUAAAUUGAAGUUUGAUUGUAAUUCUGUCUUGUUAUCAGCCAGGAACGAAGGAGUCACAUGCCCAUAUAAUCCCUCCCUUCCCAGCAUUUACUCCUUCGUUCCAUAACUUUCCUGCUCGUCCUUGCUUUGAAAGACUGAUUGGCGAUGCACGCAUGCGCAUCUCAUGUGACUCCUUCGUUCCUGGCUGAUCUAGUCAGGUGGUAAAUAAUGCGUUAGAUUUACUAGUCAACUGGCCAAUCGGAACGCGCGAAAGCUCAUUUGAUAUACAAAAUUUAUACUAAAGGUAAUUAUAACGCAAAAAGAUUUGGCGUAACGUCAAACUCCGCAGAUAUAUUUUUGCUCGUGUGUUCGCACUGACAAGCUAAUACGUUGCUUGACCGUGGUGGGAUCGAGCUUAUCUUUGGUUUCUAGUAACACCGCUAACAUAUUUACACCAAAAUUAAACACUACAAACCACUCCGGCAGUUAUUGUUUGCUUUUAUCGUUUCAGUUAUUCCCAAAGAACUAUGUUAGUCUUGUUCCACCCGAAUCAGAAAGGCUACAUGUCAUCAAAGAUAUAUUGGGUCAUAUGUCAUGCGAAGAGCCUGUCAAUAUACCUGCAACAUGCUUACAGUCUGAAACAUCUAUCGACAGUAACCUUAGAUCACAACUCCGUAAUGCAAAAGAACUCAAUUUUUGUAUUGUUGUACAUUGCACCGAAAAACUUCACAGAAUAUUUUUGUUGGCAAAAGAAUAUGAUCUACUGGGCCCACGAUAUCGUUGGUUUUUGACUUCGUUUAUGGAAAUUAACUGGACCUUAAAAGAAUUGCCGGAAAAUUUGAUUUCCAUUGAACUGAAUCAUAAUAAUGGGGUCGCAAAACUGCAACAUGGCGGGUGUGGGCAUCCGAGUUAUUUAAACGAUGCAUUUAUGCUAGUCACAAGUUUGGAAAGUGAAUUAAGGACUGAUUUCGCUAGACUCCCAACAAGAAGGUAA